AUGCGCCUCGCGUGGACGCGGCGGCGGGGGUGGACCGACUUUUUGGUCUGCUCCAACCUCCUGUACGCGGUUAUUGGAGGCGCGUAUGCCGAAAAGGGCAUGCCGUUCCGAGGCGCCCUCCUCGUCGCCUCCGGCGCCACCAGCUUCGCCUACCAUUCCUCUGGAGAGCAGUUUGCUAGCACUGCAGAUCAAGUGGUCCUGGUGACGGCCGCGCUCUAUUUCAAGUACGUCGUCCAGAGCCCGAGUCCGAAGGGAGAGGGCUACUGGGCUCCGCACUGCGCGUGGCACCUGCUGGUGGCGAUGGGCCAGGCGCUUUGCGUGGCCGCUCUGCCGUACUCAGAGCUCUCGUGCCAAUGCGCAGACACGACGUAA